AUGCCCGACGACCCCUCCGAGGCUGCCGCCGCUGCGGCCGCCUACACGGAGGGCGACCACGCCACGGCGCACUCCCUGUUGCAGGGCAUCCUCAGUAGCCGGGACCAGGACCCAAAAGUGCUGCACAAUGUGGCCAUCACCGACUACGCGAUGGGCGGCUGCAAAGAGCCACGCAAGCUGCUCGCAGUGCUGGAGCGCCUUCGGGCGCGAGUAGAGGAGGCGCGCGAGAAGGCCGACGCGUCCGACUCGAUCGGCAGUGACCUGGUGGGGGACGCAGACCCGUCGCUGCUGGCGUACAACAGCGCGGUGGCGCGCGCCGUCCUCGACGACAUGUUUGCGCAGAUCGAGCCGGUGGACGAGUUCCUCGCCUUCCGCUCGUGCUUCCUGCUGCUCGACCUUCAGGCGCCGCUCUGCCUCGCGCACGGCGGACCGGCGCACCCCUCAACUCCCAAUAUCCCUCGCUCUGGCUCUCGGCCUCGCCCCUCUCUCUCGCAGCCCACCUCCCUGCGCCCCCCGCCCCCACCGCAGCUGCUGCAGCGGCAGCUGGAGAAGGCGGCCGAGGUGCUCGCCUACCUCGAGCGCUCCUACGCCAUGCUCACCAAGUCCGACGGAGGCCGCGAGAACGGCUCGGCCGAGUCGCGCGACUCCGCCGACGGCGCCUCGUCGCUGCCGAGCGACUGGCCCAACAAGCGCUCGGCGCGGCGGCCGCCGACAGACAUCUCGCCCGAGGAGGCCAACAACGAGUCGCUGCGCCAAAACUACCGCAAGGCGAUGAAGCUGCUCUCCAACUGCAACCAGCGGUCGGAGCGCGACCCAAACUUCGCCGCGCUCUACUACAACAACAUGGGCUGCAUCCACCACAGCAUGCGCCGGCACACCGCCGCAGCCUUCUACUUUGGGCGCGCGCUGCGCGAGAACGCGAGCCUCUGCGCGCCGGCCGCCAAUGGCGAGGCGGUGCCGCUGACGCACUUCUCGUGCGACCGGCGCAGCGAGCUCGAGUACAACCGCGGCCUGCAGCUGCUGCUCGCGGGCAAGGGGGAGGCCGCCUUCGCAUGCUUCCACGCGGCGCUCAAGCUGCUGCACCGCCAGCCGCGCGCCUGGCUACGCGCGGGGGAGGCGUGCAUCGCGGCGCACCUCGAGCGCGAGCAGGCGGUGCGCGCGGGCCGCGCCGGCUCGCGCCCGUCCGCGGUCGGGUGCGAGAUGCUCGGCGUGGGGGGGAGGCGGCGGCUGCUGCUGCCGGUCGGCGAGCGGCUCGCCGCCGCGGAGAUCGCCGACGAGUCUGAGGAGCCGCCGCCUCAGCCGACGACGGAGAGCGCAAUCGCGGCGCCCACGCUCGAGCACGGCGUCAAGUGCCUGCGCGCGGCGAUCACACAGUGCGACGAGGCGCUGCGCACGGCGGGCGGGCUAGCGCACGGCGCGCUGGUGGCGCGCGCGGCGCAGGGCACCCUCUCGCAGGCGGACGAGUACGCGCUGCAGGUGCACACGGUGCGACGCGUCGCGACGCUGCAGCUGGCGUGGUGCGCGCUCGUGCUCGCCGACCCGCUCGCCGCGCUCGGCUGGUGCGAGGCGCUGCUCGCGUGCGAGGGCCUCGCCCACAACCUCAAGGCGCACGCGCACACCUUCGCGUGCGACGCGCUCUGCCACCUCGACCGCUCCGCCGAGGCGGCGCCGCACGCGCGGGAGGCGCUCGCCCUCUCCGACGCGAUGGGCGGCGUCGUGGCCGCCUCCGAGGCGCCGCCCGCCGGAGAGGGCAACGAGCUGGAGCCGGUGCGCAACGUGUGGUAUGAGAGGGCGGCGCUGGGGGACGGCAAGGCGGCGGCCGGCCUCUACGCGACGCUCGCGUCGGUGCACGUGUUGCGCGAUGAUUUGGCGCAGGCGCGCGCGUGCGUCGCGCAGGCCAUGUCGCUCGGCGGCGCCGAGAGCCGCACGGCGCGUUCGUGCCGCGUCUCUCGCCCUGCCGUGGUCUGUGUCUGGCUCACGCGCCCUCUUCGUCGCGAGCAGGCGCAGCUCGCGCUCGUCUACCUCGACUUGCGGGACGGCAAGGUGGACACGGCGCGCGACGUCAUCCAGCGCCAGCGGCUGCCUCUCGCCGCCGCCGCGCAGUAG